GGGAAAGGAAAACCAAAAUCCUUUGGCUUGAUCUUUAACUAGCCCUGUGUCCGUCCGACGCUUUACGACCGAUCUCAUCUGUUAGUUAGUGAUUUGGAUCAUGUCGAUGCUCGAUUCGUUCUUCAAUAAAGGAUUCAAAGCUGCAAAAUGCAAAACGUUGCUCAAGUUAACGAUCCCUCGGAUAAAGCUAAUCCGGAACAGAAGAGAAGCGCAGAUUAAGCAGAUGCGCCGUGAAAUCGCUAAGCUUCUGGAGACUGGCCAAGAAGCCACAGCUCGUAUUCGGGUUGAGCAUAUCAUAAGGGAAGAGAAGAUGAUGGCUGCUCAAGAGAUCAUUGAGCUCUUCUCUGAGCUCAUUGCUGUUCGUCUUCCUAUUAUUGAGGCUCAAAGGGAAUGUCCUCUAGAUCUAAAAGAAGCUAUCUCAAGUAUAUGUUUUGCUGCGCCAAGGUGCUCUGACUUGACAGAGCUCCAGCAGGUUCAGAUGCUAUUCGUUUCCAAGUAUGGAAAGGAGUUCGUUGCUGCUGCAUCUGAACUCAAGCCUGAUUCUGGUGUCAAUCGUAAGCUGGUUGAGUUGCUGUCUGUGCGUGCACCUUCCCCAGAAUCUAAACUGAAACUUCUCAAGGAAAUUGCACAAGAACAUGAACUUGAUUGGGACCCUGCUUCUACAGAAACUGAUCUCUUCAAAUCGCAUGAAGAUCUUCUUGAUGGACCAAAGCAAUUUGGUGGGGGCUCUCAGUUGCCAUUACAGGGGGAACAAGAUAAAGGGCCACGUUUGACUAUGUUAUCUCUUUCACGUCCAGAGGAACAAUCUGAUUCUGACUCAGAGUCUGAAAGUUUGGACUUUCCGGAGGUUCCAAAUGUCUUGCUGCCUCCGACUCCUGCCGCUACCCCUGAUAAUGCACCGGAGGCAGUGAUACCUGCCACCUAUGAACAUACCUCUCCCGACGUACCAUUUUAUUCAGAGAAUGCAGGAGACAAAAAGCCUGCAUCCGAAAGAGAUGAACAUGGUGAAAAAGCAAGCACCAUUGUCGUGAAAGACCAACAGUCUCCACCCAUUGUUUCUUCACAUUACGUGACGGAAUCUGAUAAACGAGACAGUUGUUCUUCACCGAGGGAUUCCCCAAGGAAAAUAUCCGAUAUGGACUUGCAGGAUGUCCUAACGGCUGCUCAAGCUGCUGCUGACUCAGCAGAACGUGCAGCAGCUUCUGCCCGUUCAGCUGCAAGCCUUGCGCAACUCAGAAUCAGUGAGCUCACCAAGAAGACGCCUGAGCAGUCUCCAGAAAUUCCGACCGAGAACCCUUUCCAUUCUAACCCACCACCACAUACAAGGGAAAAACCGCAGUUUGAUCAUCAGAAUUCUUUUGUCAGGAGCUAUGGAGAUCUUACAGACUUCCAAAUAGGUGACUCUUCAGGCAUUUUCAGUCAUGAGCAGAACAACUACGAAGCAGCGAGACUCCUUUCAAUGGAAUACCCGCAGUUUGAUCAUCAGAACUCAUCAGUCAGCAGCUAUGGCGAUAUUUCAGAGCUCCAAACAUCAGAAACCUCAUCAUUUGAGAGACGCAGCUCUGACCAGGACCACCAGCAAAUGAGACUACCUUCCAUGGAAGAUGAUCCUUAUUACUCAUACCCGAAUCUCUUCACAUCGCAGAAUCCUGACCUCUCACCUGGCUCUCCUUCAUUUUCAAACAAUGCAAAACCUGCCCAUGGUUCUUGAUUUAUAACUUACCUGCGAUUUUUAUAGUGCAAGCUUGGUGUUUCUUAAGUUCGUUUCAUUCCUGCUUCUGGAACAGCUUUUCCUCUUCUUUAUUCAGAGGAAGAUAUGUGUAAUUUAUAGAAACUUUGUGUGAGUAAUUUAUGUUCAAAUAAAGGGACUUGGUUUGCUCAAGAAAUCAAUUAGGAACGUGUUACGUGCACGGAUGAUUGAUACAAAAGCCCAUUCUAGAAGAGGAUGAGGUGGCUACUUUCUAGUAGUAAAUAUAGUGUAAUGAAUAAGGGUCUGUCUG